AUGCCAGAGAAAAUUCGGACGAGGCUCCUCGUCCUGUCCGACACACACGGCAAAGAUUUCGGCUCUGAAGAUCGACCUCCACAGCGAGUGGAUGUGGCCCUACACUGUGGUGACCUCACGGACGGCUCAAAGCUAGAUGAAUUUCGAAAUUCAAUCGAGAUGCUCAAGAAGCUUGACGCUCCGCUCAAAUUAGUCAUCGCUGGGAACCAUGAUUUUACCAUGGAUAUUGCUGCCUUCGAAGCCAAACUUGCAGAGGCAUCACAACCCCUAGAACCCGAGAUUGUGGCUCGAGAAUACGGAAGCCUGGGGCAAGCAAGACAAUUAUUCGAGGACGCAAGGAGUGAGGGCAUCGUCUUUUUGGACGAGGGAACCCACUAUUUUACACUUGAGCAUGGAGCGCUGCUAAAAGUUUAUGCCAGCCCGUACACUCCAGCCUUCGGGCCUUGGGGCUUUCAAUAUCACCCAAACAACGGGCGCCGUUUCGAUAUCGAGGAAGACACCGACAUCGUCAUGACGCACGGCCCUCCCAAAGGCAUCAUGGACAUGACACACGGCCGUGAACGCGCAGGCUGCCCCGAUCUUUUCAUCGCCAUAGCCCGUGCCCGACCCCGUGUCCACUGCUUUGGCCAUAUCCACGAGGGUUGGGGUGCAAGGGUCGUGACCUGGAAAGACAGCGGGAUUGAUCAGCCAUCCCACUUCACCGCCAUUAACAACGAAAACUCGCCAGUUGUUGAGAGACUGGCUGCGCUCCGAAUCACAACAUCCGACUCGGACGAGACCGCCCAGGGAAAGCGUGCGAGACUGGAAAAGCUGAAGCUCAAUAAAUGUGCUGUAACAAGUCACUGCAGCCAAGAUGAUUAUCAGCUGGACGCGGGCAAGGAAACACUGUUCGUCAACGCCUCCAUUAUGGGACACGAGGACUUCAUGCAUAGGCCCUGGUUGGUCGAUUUGGAGCUUGUGAAGCACACAAAUUGA